GCCAGUUCUGUCUUGGUAGGCACUGGGCAGGCAGUGUGAUAAGACGGUGCCCGUAACGGAGGGACGCUGGACUGGGCGGAGAGACAGUCGUGAGAGACCCUCGGACAGUUUGUGAGACUGUGACUGUGAGCUGUGAGAGGGUUCGUGGCAGACAGUCUGGUGAGAGUGCCUGUGUCGGAGGGACAGUGGACAGCGGACAGCGGACAGUCGUGAGAUGGUCCGUGACGGUCGGACAAUGGUCGGUCUGGUCCGAGUGCUCGUGGCGGGCGGGUCGGUGUUUUUGCUCUGGAUAACAGAUAACCCUGCUCUCCGCGACGGCCGUGCAUCAGAUUGCAGUACCACCACGCUAAUAAACCGGUAGAAUGCGGUGACUGUAUCAGCGAGUGCGCCGGCGCGCGGUGCGACUCGAACCGGUUGUGUCCAUCUGCUCAACACCCCCCCCCCCGUCCCCUCAGCUCACGUGGACAGACAUCCGCCCAGUCCGCGGUAUUCAGUUCUGUCGGUGUCGAGAGAGGCGCCGGACGUCCACACUCACCCGACAUCAGUGAGCUGGUGUUACGCUAGCCGUCUUUCAGUGGCCUUCAGUGGCCCUACCUCAACGUCUGCCACCGAUACCUACUUUGUCACGUAACGCCCAGUCCGUGACUGCUGUGUAGUGUGUAGUGAGCGGCGAUGUCGCGUCGCGUCGGUCGCCGCCGGCCGUGAGCCGAACAGUCGUGUGUCGAUAGCGGCGGAGUGCCGCCCGUGCGUCGUCGUCGGCGUGUGCUGCCGCCGGCGAGUCGAGUCGCUCGUGAGCGGGUCCCCGUGCGUCGGCCGCCGGCCGGCCAUGUGUUUCUGACCGUCACCUGGCGCGAUAACGGCCGGCGUUCGGUGCGCGCUGACUCGUCGGCCGGUGACGUGCCUCGGCGCGUUAUCGCCGCCUCUGUGUACUCUGCGGUGUCGACCCGGUGUAGAUGGGCCGCCUAGGGGCGGCCGGCACCAGUCGACACCCGUCCGCCAACACCGGCCCAACAGCCGCCGGCGCGGCGCUGGCUGGAGCCCGAACCCGACAGCGCAGGACGAGGCGGGACGCCUUCGAGACUGGAGCGGACGCAAGGGGCCGCAGAGGACACCGCGUGGGCUGGAGAGGACGCCAGAGGCUGCAGAGGACACCGCGUGGGCUGGAGAGGACGCGGCUCACUGCGCGUCAGAGCUGCGGAUGUGGAGGUGACAGGCCGGCUACCAGUGACCUGAGGUCAACACGGCGACUGGUGACCUGAGGUCAGGACAGUGACCAGUGACCUAAGGUCAACACGGCAACUGGUGACCCGAGGUCAGGACAGCGACCGGUGACCUGAGGUCAGCGCGGCUACCGGUGACCUGAGGUCAGGGCGGCAACCGGUGACCUGAGGCCGGCGUUGUCAGCACGAUGACGCGCAAGGGCACGGUGGUGGCAGUGGUGGUGCUGACUGCUCUGGUGGCCAUCACGGCGAUCACCCACUAUCGGAGCUGGAGUCUGAGUCAGCUGGCGUCGGGCGGCUGGCCUCCCCAGGAGCCGGUGGUUCUUCUCAGCUGGCCGACGCCCGUCGCCACACUCGAGGUGUCGCGCCAGCUGUACGCCUACCUGGAGACGCCGACAGCUUACUGCCGCCGACUGCAACUGCUCGGCGGCAGCUGCUCCUCCUCCGGCGCUCUCUCCGGACACACGCUGCUCUGCCGGGACGACGCGUACGCGCCCGAGUCGGGCCAGUGUCUGGUGUACUCGGCCAGCUCGGCCGGCGAGUGGAGCUUCGCCAGGGACGCGGCGCGCUACCAGUGCGAGGUGCACGUGUUCGACCCGGCGCUGACGACCAGCACGCCGCGGCCCGAGCACACGGCCGGGGUGCAGUUCCAUCGGCUGGGACUGGCCGGCCGCGGUCGGACCGAGACCGGCGUCCAGGCCCUGACACUCUCUGAGCUGAAGGAGAAGGUGGGGCACGCCGGCCGAGUGAUCGACUUUCUGCGCGUGGACGUGCAGGGCGACGAGUGGGGGUGGCUGGAACGGGACAUCGAGGCGCUGUCCGACGUCCGCCAGCUGGGGGUGCGAGUCUACCUGAGUCUGGACAGCCUGCGCCGCCACCACGGUCUGCUGUGGCAGCUGCAGGCGCUCGGCCUGCGGCUGGUCUACUCGGCAGCCGACAGCGCCACCGGCCGCGCCUGGGACGUGGAAGGCGUAGACGGCAAGGUGGCUGUCGUCUACGACCUGGUGUUCAUCAACCGGCGCCGCUGCCGGGCAACUUUCGGCUGCGGGGCCUGACCCAUAGCUGGAGGAGGGUACUGGCUGAGCUAGUAGCAGAAACUGACAGAACGUACGGGAAGUGACUGAAUGUGCGGAAAUUGAGCGAACCUGCGGGAAUACACCGAAUUUGCGGAAGUGGAACGAACGUGCGGGAAUGAACGAACGCUCAGGCAUUGACUGAACGUGCGGAUAUUGCACGAACGUGCGGGAAUUGACUGAACAGCUGUAUACGGAACAUCGACUGGCAUAGUGGUCAAGCCUCACUGACCGAACUGACGAAAGGUGUUGGCAGAACUGACGACAGAGGUUGGCUGAUUUGGGUCCAGGCUGUCCGUACAGGGCAAUUAAUGGGAGGCCGACACGGCCAACGCAUGAGGCGGCCUGUGGCGAAGUAGCCUUUGGAAUUAGACAGAAGCAGACGCAGGCUCCGCCUCCGACGAAGCAAUCAUAGCAAUGUAUGUAUUGUGUUGAUUAUAAUGAGGAUGAGUAGCUGGCUCAUACUGCCAUCUGUUCAGGUGAGCUCGUACCAGCCUCCACAAAUACAGAGCUUGUGAUGCUGUACCAAAUGUCGUCAGUAAGCUUUAGGUUAACCCGCGCCCGGCUGGGGGUCCUGGAUUUCCACGCCCUGCUGGGGGGGGGGGGGGUGUUUGAACACCCCCCCUUGUAACUCGGCUCCUGGGCCACGUAGCGAUACGCGGAAGGCGGCGUUCGAAAGAGCGUCAAAAAUAAUGACGAAGUCACUUCCGUCAAUUUUUUGGUCAGGUCAAAGGUCAGGUCACCAGAGGUCAUUGAAGGCAAAAUUUCGCCGAUUUCCAGGUCGAAUGUCGAAAAUUUCCAAGAAGCCAACGCCUAACUCGAGAACCAAUAGAGCUACAGCGCCGCGGAAAAGCGCAUUCGAUAGCCCUAUUAAAGCCCUUUCUGAGUAAUCCUCUCAGAUUUGACCUAACGUCAACGGUUUUGCCUGCAGGGAGCAAAAACUGCAAAAAUAGCUGAUUUUUUCGGAAACAGUUUUUCUGCAAUAGCUUUUGACCCAAGCCUUGUACGAGCUUACUUUUACCGGCAUUGUGUUCCUCUUGUCAAGACGCAUCGAAUGAACUAUAAGUUGACCUUGAAAGGUCAACUUGAAAAUUUGACCUCAGGUCAAGGUCAUGACCUGACCGGAAAGGGUCAUGUUGCAUAUCAGUCGAUCCGUAUCGUCGAGCUGAACACAUCUAAGGCGUUUUCAUCGCUCUAGCAUGCCUCUAUCAAAAGUUAUUUGCGAAAAACUGUUAGAUACCAUUCGUGACCUAAGAUGACCUCAGGGCAUAAACAAGGGUCACGGACACCAUUUUCAUGUUCAUUGUGUCUAAACCACUUGUAAUUCGGUGUUUGGGAGUGUUUAUAAUGUCUUUUGUCCAAAACAGGCGCAUUUCAAUUUUCUCCCAUUGACUUAUAAUGGGGAGGUCGCAAAAUUGACCUGACCUUAGGUCAUCAAUAUCAAAAUUCUGAGAUAUACAUUUUGUACAUGCUAUUGCUCUUAGCAAUCGCUGAAAGUUUCAAAGCGAUCGGUAACUCGGUGUAGCUAUGACAGACAUUGAAACUUUUUAUGAGGUGAGGUCACUUCAAGUGACCUGGUGACCUGACCUUGAAUGACCUUGGUCUGAAAUUUUCACAACAUGUGUAGAAUUGAUGUAUGAUAAGGUGUACCAAAAACGGCGGCGCUCCGCGCCGCCGUUUUUGAGAUAUUCCCGAAAAACCACAAGGGGGGGCGUUCAAACACCCCCCCAGCAGCGCGCGGGUUAAUGCAGUUAGACAGGUUGAGAAGUAAAGGAAGCAAUGUCCUGUCGUGAAUCGUUACUCGGGAAUCGUAUCGUCAUAAAAUCGUUAAUUGUAAAUCGAUAUUCGUUAUUAGAUUAAAAUAGUUGCACUAAUUGCCCGACAUUUCACUUAAUUAGCUUCCUCAACGUCUGGUAUACAAACAUAGCCAUUUUGGCCCCGCCAAAAUAGCCAUUUUGAUUUUCAUUUUUGAAUGUUUGCAUACCUACUAAAGCGAAGCAUUGGGCAAUUUAUGUAUCAAUUCUACCGUAGUUGCGAUUUAACGACUAACUAUUUACAACUAACGAUUUUAUGACGAUUCUAGAGUAACGAUUUAUGAAAGGUCUUUUCUGCAUUUACUUCCUCAAGCUUUAGGUUUGAUAUCGUGUCACCGCUAAAGUGUGACGCGGAAUAUGUUCGUUUAGCCAUCGUGUGUGCCGCGAAUCUGUAAUGUUUCGCAUCACAUCGUAUUUAUAAAUAAAUGUCCAAAGGCGAAUAUUCAGGAAUUUCUUCCAACGUUUUUGUUAAAUACAAAGAAACGCUAUUAC